AUGGCCACCACACUCUGGGACCCAGACCGCAUCCUCCAAAUUACCAAAGGCCCUCACGAUCAAGGAAUGUUCUGUCUUGGUCGCGCGCGCUCCAGAUACGAUAGUCGCUGUCGCUGGGACAUCCCUUAUUCAGACUACCAGAUUAUCCGGAAAUCGUUAAGCCAGCUGGCUAGGAAACUGCCACAUGAGAUAUCAGACGACGAGCUGAAAGAGAUAGCUGAGCGGGGAUUAUGCGAUUAUCAUUCUGGCCAGGUGAACGAGGUCGUGUCCGGAUGGCAUGACACCCUUGCCAGUCUUCAGAAUUUGUACUGGCCGUAUAAAAAGCAGACGGGGACGAGGCAUCCAUUAUACCAGGUACUUCAAGACGAGAUUAAGGAAUCUUCCGGAUUUCCUUCACCAGGGGAAGAUAGCAAGUACUCGGAGUUGAUAGAGGCGGGGAAUUUGGUAGAGGCGGGGAAGUUGUAUGAUUUUCGGGCUUUGCAGACUAGGCUUGAGAAUACUCUGGAUAAUUGUUGGGCUCAGCGCGAAGAGAAUGAUCGUCUGAGGGUGGAGGCUAUGUCAAGAGAACAGGGCUGUGGACUUCUUAAAGAGCUGCUGAAGGAAGCCAAGGCUGAAUUGUCCGAUGUGCAAGGCAAUAAUAGCAUGCUCACAUGUACCAUUAGUGAUUUACAGGGUGCAUGCGAUCUUAAGACGAGACAGUUAACGGAAAUAACGGCUGAGUUGUCAAUUGUGCGAGGCAACAAUAGCAGUCUCAAAGAUGCUAAUGAGGAGAUGCGCAAAGAGGCCGAUGACAAGCAGAAACAGCUGAACGAUAUCACAGCCGAACUGUCAAAUGUACGGUGCGCCAAUGAAAGAAUCAGAAACAUCAAUGAAGACAAGCGCAAAGAGAUAAAUGGCAAGCAGGAACAGAUUGAAACCAUCACCUCUCAACUUGCCAGCGUGUCAGCAGACUUGGACAUCACUACGAAAGAAUUAUCAGUCGCUUGUGAAAUGAAAGGGCAAGUCCAGAAUGAUCUUCACGCGGCACUCGAAGAAAUCAGCAAUCUCCAAGCUCAGCUUACUGAGAUUCAAGUACAGCAGUCCACUACAAUCUGGUGCAUGAUCAAGCGUUGGAUUCGAGAGAAAGCUUCAUGGUUAUCUCGUGAUAGACGGAGACGUGGAAUGCGGGAUGAAGACGAAGAGGUUGCACUUGCUCCUGUGAAACCGAGUAAUCUUGGUUGA